GGCAAUCGCUCCCUUCAGGUCCGUCGAAUCAAUGGAGCACACGUGGUACAGCCGUCAGCCUAUGCGGCAGACCAAGUGGCUCGAGCUCUUCUAUCCUCACACGCUCACCCCUCUCCGACCACUGAACAUCGCAGACGCACAGCGGCCCCGGCUCACCUUCAGCACCUACCAGGAUGCCCACCCACAGCCGUAUGCAGUGGAGGCAUGGCAGACAGACGACGCGCCAGAGAACGACCCCACCGGCCGCCUCGAUGUGCUGCAGACCAAUUCGCGGCUGACCCCUGUGUCAGCGACACAUUACAACGGCACGCAGCGGUUCAUGGACCGAUGUGAGCGGCAUAGGAAGGUCCGUGAGAAACGAGAGGCGGAAGAGGCGAUGAGGAAGCAGGCAGAGGAGAAAAAGAGGGAGCAGGAGCGAAGGGCGAGGCACACCAUCAUGGCAAGCCCUCAGGAAGCUCGGAGGACGGCCAAGCGGGGGGUGCGGAUGCUGGGCACUCAGGAGUCAUUCGUUGACGGCCCACCGGCCACAGGUGAUGCUGCCAGCAGGAGCAAGUCUGUGGUAUCCCCUGCUGCUGCAGCCGAGAGCAUCCCCAAGUCCCCAGUGGCAGCAUCAGAGGCAACAACAGCUGCUCCCCCACCCCCAGCAGCGGCAGCAGCCCCACCAGAAAAGGAGGAGACAUGGAGUGACUACAAUGCAUUGUCUGACGACGAGUGUGUCAGGGAGGGCUUCAUUGACGACGCUGAGCUCCAUCGGGUCAUAUGUGAAGGCGACGACCGCCUUGAAGGGGCAGAGCUCAGCUACCACAGGUGGUUGGACCCUGCUGUAUUUGAAGACAUCGCUGCUUCUCAGACGGGCCUCACGCGGUUUGGGGCGGUGCAGUGCCAGAUCAGCGACAAUGCUGUGCAGCAGAUCGUGACCAGCUGCCCUGGGUAUGAAAGGCCGACCGGCGAGAGACGGAUGGGAGGGCAUCGGGUGGCGUGUGUGUGUGUCACAGCUUGACGUCUUUGGACCUGUCGGAUUGCAGUCAUCUGAAAGACAUCGGGCCAAUACACACGCUCACAGUCAGACACACUGACACGAGACACACUGAGACGAAGGAACGGCAGAAAUAGCAGAGCUGUGUCUCUUUGUCUGUCAUGUAUGCAGCAAUUGCGUGAGCUGAAGUUGUCACGAUGUGCGAGUGCCGUCACUGACGCACGGUGGGCUGGUGGCUACCCACCUCACCUACCUACCCGCCCUUUGUGUAUAUAUAUGUGGGUGUGCCCUGCCCAUCACAGAGUGGGUGCAUUGUCAGCGUGUCCCCAUCUGAGGGUGCUGGACCUCUCAUACUGCCCACAGUUCACGGACAAAGGUAUAUACAUGCAUCUUACAUAGACCCCCCCUCCCCGUUCUCCUCUCUCUCUUGAUCAAUGUCCGUGUGAUUAGGUUUGCUGUCCAUGUCCGAGGGCGUCAAGAGUUUGGUGUGGCUGAACCUCAGCGCAUGCAAAAUCGGAGACGAGGUGAGGAAAGGGCGGCGUACACACAGCUACGUCGCGUGUCUCAUGUGGCGGGUGUAUGUAUGUCCGUUUUUUUGUCAGGGUUUGGGGUCGUUGCUGAGUGGUAAUCCGAUGCUGGAGGUGCUGCGGCUGUCGAUGUUGUGUGGAAACGAGUGUCUCACCGAUGAGGGACUCUCACACGGACUAAGAUGGACCAAACGACUCAAAGAGGCAUGCACGCGCACAACACAAGACACACGCAACCAGAGACACGCACACACAGACAGAGAGAAAGGGAGAGCAACUCACACACACGGAGACACACACAUUCCUCUCUCGGUGUGCGUAUGCAGGCGGACCUCUCUGGGACUCGACAGGUGGGGAGCCGUUCUCUGGCGGCCAUUUGCCGUUAUUGCAAAGAGCUCCAGUUGCUGUCGCUCGCCGGCUGUGUGCGCAUCGGCGACCAAGACAUGAUCAGUCUCAGCCAAUCCAGGGGAGUCGCAAACCUCAGGCACAUCGGUAGGUGACCUGCGUGGAUUCCUAUCGAAAGAGAAAAGGGCCCUCUCAUUGUGUGUGUCUCCGGGUGUUUAUGCGUAAGAUCUGUGUGGGUGUGAGGAUUUGUCCGCUGAGGGCGUGGGGCGGUUCCUGCGGGCGGGGGAGAAUCUGAGGUGUGUUAACCUCAACAUGAUCCCAGCCAUCACCGAGGACGCUAUCGAGGCCAUGCAGGUAAUACGUAAGGCUGAAAUGAUGCGAUUGUUUUCCUUUUAGAGAGAAAAGGCAAAAUGUCGUUCCUUCACAUGAUGUGUGAUUAUCUUGUCUUUUCAGUGUGAUGUGGACAACGAGAGUUUGAUGUGGGUGUACAGCCGCAGCAAGAUGACGGACGCCAAGCACAGCGGCCUCAAGCUGCCCAACGCCCCACCCCCUAAGGAGAAGAAGGGCGGCAAGGGGAAAAAGGGCAAGGGCGGGGGCAAGAAGGGCGGCAAGAAGAAGAAAUAGCUGAUACAGACAAAGAGCCAUCCACACCACAUAUCUUGGCGGACAGGACAAGGCGGAAGGUGUGUGUGUGGGGGGGGGAUGCAUGUGUUGACG